AAUCAGAGAGCAGCAAUUCUCAGUACUUCCGUUUCCACGGUGAUAGUCGGAAGUGACUGCGAGUACUUCCAUGCUUUGGAGUGGACGUGGCCCUGAGGAUUUCAUAUCGACCACUCAUGCAGCGCUGCCUCACACUGACCCUUGCUCGGCACAGCAGGCUCCUCUUAAGAAGUAAAUUUGCACUUGUCCAGUGCCAGCAGUCGGCAGCUAUGUCAAGUCUCCUGAUCAACCAGCCCAAAUACGCGUGGCUCAAAGAGCUGGGUUUGUCUGAGGACAACCCAGGUGUUUACAACGGUAGCUGGGGAGGUAGUGGGGAGGUUAUCACGUCAUACUGCCCUGCCAACAAUGAGCCGAUUGCCAGAGUUACCCAGGCUACUUUGGCGGAGUAUGAACAGACUGUUCAGAAGACGAAGGAGGCUUGGAAGUUGUGGGCAGACAUUCCCGCUCCUAAAAGAGGGGAGAUUGUGAGACAGAUUGGGGAUGCAUUGAGAAAAAAGAUUAAAGUACUUGGAAGUCUGGUGUCACUGGAAAUGGGCAAAAUCUAUGUUGAGGGAGUUGGUGAAGUUCAGGAGUACGUUGAUGUCUGUGAUUAUGCAGUUGGUCUGUCUAGAAUGAUCGGCGGGCCCAUCCUGCCUUCAGAGAGACCGGGUCACGCCCUCAUCGAACAGUGGAACCCAGUCGGCCUGGUCGGCAUUAUCACCGCCUUCAACUUCCCCGUAGCUGUCUACGGCUGGAACAACGCCAUCGCUCUGACCUGCGGCAACGUCUGCCUCUGGAAAGGGGCUCCGACCACUCCUCUCACAAGUGUUGCAGUUACCAAGAUCGUGGCUGAGGUGCUGGAGCAGAACAAUCUCCCCGGCGCCAUCUGCUCCAUGACCUGUGGCGGAGCAGAUAUCGGCACAGCCAUGGCAAAGGAUGAGCGCGUGGAUCUGUUGUCCUUUACUGGCAGCACUCAUGUUGGCAAGAUGGUGGCCAUGAUGGUGCAAGAAAGGUUUGGGCGCAAGCUGCUGGAGCUCGGUGGCAACAACGCCAUUAUCGUGUUUGAAGAUGCUGACCUGAAUCUCGUGGUGCCCUCUGCCGUCUUCGCUUCCGUUGGAACCGCUGGCCAGCGCUGCACCACGACCAGGAGGUUGAUGCUGCACGAGAGCGUUCAUGACACAGUGGUUGAAAGGCUCGCCAAGGCCUAUAAACAAGUCCGCAUCGGAGACCCCUGGGACCCCAGCACCCUCUAUGGUCCUCUGCACACCAAGCAAGCUGUCGAGCAGUACCUGGCUGCCAUCGAGCAGGCCAAGCAGCAGGGCGGCACUGUGGUCUGUGGAGGAAAGGUGAUGGACCGUCCUGGAAAUUAUGUGGAGCCCACCAUCAUUACAGGACUGCCUCAUGAUGCCUCUAUUGUCCACACCGAAACCUUUGUCCCCAUCCUGUAUGUCCUCAAGUUCAAGACAGAGGAGGAGGCGUUUGCCUGGAACAAUGAGGUCAAGCAGGGUCUGUCCAGCAGCAUCUUUACCAAAGAUCUAGGCCGGGUUUUCCGUUGGCUUGGCCCCAGAGGGUCCGAUUGUGGCAUCGUAAAUGUCAACAUUCCCACGAGCGGAGCAGAGAUCGGAGGAGCUUUUGGUGGGGAGAAACAUACAGGCGGUGGAAGAGAGUCAGGCAGUGAUUCAUGGAAGCAGUACAUGAGGCGCUCGACAUGCACAAUCAAUUACAGCAAGGAUCUUCCUCUGGCCCAGGGAAUCAAGUUUGAGUGAGCCAGCCGGCUUUAAGCGUCGAUGAGCCCGAAGGACAACACUAAAUAGUUUGAAUGGCCAAGUGAAAUGCAUGGUAAUGCAUUUGGAUUCAGAAAGGUCAGCUUGUGUUUAGAUCUGUCUCAGAUACGAUAACUGUAUCUGUAUGAAUGUAGUUUAAAAAUAUUCUGGAUUUAACAAAAACUCCUGAAUUUGUUUUAAAGGUUAAAUUUUCCCCCAAAUGUGUGCACUUUUCUACAAGCACUUAAUGAAGUUUGACUGAUCGAUUACAAUCGUUACAUUUUGGAAGAAAAACUAGACAAAGUUGUAAAUGUGUCGAUCGUUGCAGUUCACCGUUAACAGAAAUGUUGCAUACCCAACACUGGCUGUUUUGCACCCAGUUAACACAUGAAUAUACUGUAAUUUCUAUAAUACACAGAACUUUCCAGGCAACCAAACGACAAUAAAAGGCAAUGUGUUGA